UUACUCGCGUCUCUCGGCCCGCGGGAUUUGGAGUUCUUCUCUCGCGAUAUCUUCACUGUACCGGAACCGGCUGUAGUAGUGGCGGAGGCGGCCACGGGGUCUGUUCUGUUGCGGUGUUUCAGCAAAUCUGGGUCUUGCCCAGGGGCACUAAGGCAUACAGAACAAUGGAGUACGUGACAGAAUCCGCUGACCGCACCCCUGGACACAUCUUGUGCUGCGAGUGUGGUGUUCCAAUUAGUCCAAAUCCUGCCAAUAUUUGUGUGGCCUGUUUGCGAAGUAAAGUAGACAUCAGCCAAGGCAUUCCAAAACAGGUCUCCAUAUCUUUCUGCAAACAAUGUCAAAGAUAUUUCCAGCCACCAGGAAUGUGGAUACAGUGUGCAUUAGAGUCCAGGGAGCUUCUUGCUUUGUGUUUGAAAAAAAUCAAAGCCCCUCUGAGUAAGGUACGGCUUGUAGAUGCAGGCUUUGUUUGGACUGAGCCCCAUUCUAAGAGACUUAAAGUUAAACUGACUAUUCAGAAGGAGGUGAUGAAUGGUGCUAUCCUUCAGCAAGUGUUUGUGGUGGAUUAUGUUGUACAGCCCCAAAUGUGUGGAGAUUGCCAUAGAGUAGAAGCUAAGGAUUUCUGGAAGGCAGUGGUUCAAGUCAGGCAAAAGACUUUGCACAAAAAAACUUUCUACUAUCUGGAACAGUUAAUUUUAAAAUAUGGAAUGCAUCAGAAUACACUUCGUAUCAAAGAGAUUCAUGAUGGACUGGAUUUCUAUUAUUCUUCAAAGCAGCAUGCUCAGAAGAUGGUAGAAUUUCUUCAGUGCACAGUUCCUUGUAGAUACAAAGCCUCACAGAGACUCAUCUCUCAGGAUAUCCGUAGUAACACAUACAAUUACAAAAGCACUUUUUCUUUGGAAAUUGUUCCAAUAUGCAAGGAUAAUGUUGUUUGUCUGUCUCCAAAACUGGCACAAAGCUUGGGAAAUAUGAAUCAGAUUUGUGUGUGUAUUCGAGUUACCAGCGCCAUCCAUCUCAUAGAUCCAAAUACCGUCCAAGUUGCAGAUAUUGAUGGGAACACUUUCUGGAGUCACCCUUUCAAUAGUUUAUGCCAUCCCAAACAGUUAGAGGAGUUUAUUGUGAUGGAAUGCAGCAUAGUCCGAGACCUAAAACGCAGUGCAGGUGCUGGAAUGAUAUCAAAAAAGCAUACCCUUGGGGAAGUCUGGGUACAGAAAACAUCUGAAAUGAAUACAGAUAAACAGUAUUUUUGUCGUACUCAUUUGGGACAUCUUCUGAAUCCUGGAGACCUGGUGUUGGGGUUUGAUUUGGCAAACUGUAACUUAAAUGAUGAGCAUGUCAACAAAAUGAACCCAGAUAGAGUUCCAGAUGUGGUAUUAAUCAAGAAGAGCUAUGACCGUACCAAACGUCAGCGUCGUAGAAACUGGAAACUGAAAGAGCUUGCAAGAGAUAGAGAAAACAUGGAUACAGAUGAUGAAAGGCAAUACCAAGAUUUCCUUGAAGAUCUUGAAGAAGAUGAGGCAAUUAGAAAAAAUGUAAACAUUUAUAGAGAUUCAGCCAUUCCUGUGGAAAGUGACACAGAUGAUGAAGGAGCACCUCGAAUUAGUCUGGCCGAGAUGCUUGAAGACCUUCACAUUUCUCAAGAUGCUACUGGUGAAGAAGGUGAAUCGAUGAUGAUGACAUAAUGAGAUCACGUUGUAGAUGGUUUCUGCAUCUCUAGGCUCAAGUUGUUGGACAAAAUUACUGUUUGUUCCAUCUAUGCUUCCAGUAUUCAGAGAGGAGAAAUUUAGUUUUAGACCUGAAUAAAUAUUUUGAUUGUUAAAGCACUGAAGAAGAUUGAUGGUUUUAAAAUUUAGGCAACAAAAGAUUAUGGAGAAUGUGUAGAAUUUUAUUGUUUCCUUUUUGGUUGGUGGUUUUGUUUUUAUGAGACAAGUAUUUUCUGAUACGUUAGCACUGGGGUUAAAAAACUUAAAAGUUGUGAUUCCUUGGAGGUUACCUAAAUCUUCCAAGCAUAAAACAAACUUUUACAUUCUUUAUAUUGAUUGCUUUAGUAAAAAACAGUGUAUGAAUUUAUUAUGCACUUUGGUCCACUUUAGAUCAUUUUUAUGUUCUUGGGGUAGGGAAGUUGGGGUUCAGUUAUCACUGGACAUUCAGGAGGAAAGUUAAUUUUUUAUUAAUUCCUCAAAAGUUAUUAAAUUGGGGGUUAUCUUAAUUUUUAUUGGAGAAGGAAAUAUAUUUAAAAUAUUUGUGGAUUUGUAGCAAACAGACUAAUUAUUUAAAGGUUAAAUAACACUUGUACCUUUGUUAUUUUUGCCUGCGUCAGUGGCUUAGGGCAAUAGCUGCUUAUGUCAUAAAAAUGUCUUCCUAUCACUUACUUCAAGGAUUUUGCUUUAAAAUUUUGGUUUACAAAUUGAGAAAGAAGGAAUUUUCUCUAUAUCUGUCAUUUAAUACAUCACUAGCAAAAAGAAUAUUAGAAUCCAGCAUACAGAUGAUGAAGUAAUAAAAGUUAUUUUCAUGCUAUAUAACACCAUGAUUCAGAUGAAUGAGGAAUGCCUUCCACAUCCUUAAAAAGAAAAGCAUUAGGUUGGGUUUUAAAGUGUCUGAGGAUGAAAUAUUAAGAUUCUAUUUCUGUAAGCAAGAUCAUACUUCCUAAGUGUGCCAAAACUAAGAGCUAAUUUUAAAAUUCUAGGAAUACCACUAAAUAAGGAAAUUGAGUAAGUGCUGAAUGGAAGAUUUUUGUUUUUUUAAGAUUGGACUCCUUAAUUCUGAAGUUAUGAAUAAAUGCUUGAAUUUUCUAUAGUGGCUCCUUUCUGUUUACAUAUUUAAAAGCUUUCACUUGUAGUCUGUUUAUUCUAUGUCAAGACAUUCAAAAACAUGAAAAUAAAAACAUUCUCCCCUGUU